UGACGUCACAGUCCGGUGUUGUGCUCAUGGCGGCGGAGGAAAGAUGGUAUUUUACGAAGGAAGAAUUAAACAAUUCACCCAGCAGGAGAUGUGGAAUCGACGCAGAAAAAGAAUUAUCGUAUCGACAGCAAGGUGCAAAUCUGAUCCAGGAUAUGGGCCAGCGGUUACAAGUUAACCAACUAGCAAUCAACACCGCCAUCGUAUAUAUGCAUCGUUUCUACAUGUUUCAUCCCUUCACACGUUUUCAUCGUAAUUCCAUUGCACCUGCUGCCCUUUUUCUGGCUGCCAAGGUGGAAGAACAGCCCAGAAAGUUGGAGCACGUUAUCAAAGUGGCAUACCACUGCCUCUUUCGUGACCAGCCUGCCUUGGACACUCAGUCGGAGGGCUAUUUAGAACGUGCACAGGAAUUGGUGGUAAAUGAAAAUAUCCUGCUCCAAACCCUGGGCUUUGAUGUUGCCAUAGACCACCCUCACACGCACGUGGUCAAGUGUUGCCAGCUCGUCCGCGCCACCAAAGAUUUGGCCCAAACCUCGUAUUUCAUGGCUACCAGCAGUCUUCAUAUGACGACGAUGUGUCUGCAGUACAAGCCCACCGUGGUGGCUUGUGUGUGCAUCUACAUCGUCUGCACAUGGAGCCAUUAUGAGAUUCAGCGGGUAACGGAAGGCAAGGAUUGGUUUUGGUACGUCGACAAGACCGUGACUCUCGAGUUAUUGGAGACCUUGACGGCCGAGUUCCUUGCCAUUCUGGAUAAAUGUCCUAAUCGGCUUAAGAAGAUAAUGAACUCAUCACAGCACACGGAAGACCGGGGCAAAGGCUGCCAGCCGGGAUCCUCUGCCACGGUGCCUUCAUCCCGCUCCCUAGCAGCCGUUGGUUCAUCCUCAUCUUCCAUAGCUUCACGUGGACACGACCAUAACUCUCACAGUAAAACAGGUCUGAAGGUGCCCCCAUCUCAACCUCACCAGCACCAACAACCACCGAAGUUGAACCUAAAGGAGUAUAAUGAGAAGCGGGAAAAAGAACGCAAGGAGAGGGAGAAAAUGAGAGACAGAGACGGAAUUGAUCCCCGCGAUAGCAAACAGUUUACUCUAGUAUCAACGUCUCAUUCGUCACAGGCCGUGACCUCUACUGUGGCGUCCAUUGCCUCAUCCCACGCAGCCUUGCAUUCGUCUCUCCCCAUGCGUGUCAAGAGUGGCAAGAGCAGCAGUGGACGUAGCACUCACGUCGAGCACGUUAAAGCCUCGGCCGUUCACAGCAGCAACCACAAAACACACGGCCACGGGGCCUCUCAGGCGACACGAGACUCACAACCAGCCUUGGAGUCCUUGUCCUUGCGAGUUAGUGCAGAAGCUCCGCGCCAAGAGCAGCGGAGAGAUGUCAGUGCACGUAGUGAUAGUGAACGUUAUGAUAAGGGUAACAGGACUAGUAGCAGUAAUGUGGAUGGUAGAUUGCCAGGAGUUGACGUAAAACCUAGUGUAUCUGAUAUUAGACAACAGCAAUUGUUAGAUGUUAAACCUUCUAGACAGUCUUUAGAUGCUUCAUUAUUAGAAAGAAAAAAAGAAAUAAAACUUGAACAGAAAACCACUGAACGUAAACCUCCCGAGCCAAAGCAAGAGCAGGUGAAAAUAAAGACAGAAAUAAAGACAGAACCUAAGGAAGAGGUAAAAUCACAGUACAACACAAUUUUUAACAACAGUGACCUGCCCGAGUUUGCAUUGAGUGACUUUUUGAAUGAAAAUACUUUUCUUAAUUUGAGUGACGGACCCCCAGACGAGCUGUUCGAUAACUCUGAUACAGAGACUAAGCCUAACAUUGCUGCCAUAUUAGAAGACAAUAGUUUAUUACCCAGUUCAACCCAUCAGAAAAACAAGUCUCCUGUAUCCUGCCAGCAGCAAGUUGGACACCAAGCUCAGCAUACCCAACACACGAGCAGUGGCCAUGCUGCAGCAGUAACAAGUGGUACGAGUGGUAAUGGUGAUCAACGGGUAAGUGAAAGUGCUGGCGCAACUGCAGCACAUAAUUACCAUGGUACACGACAUCAUCACACCGCUACUAAUGGUUCAGUACCUGCUCCCCAGCCUGCUCAGAUCACUCCUCAGUCUUCGAAGAGUUCUAGCAGUAGAAAGUCUCGUGAUGGUGAAAGAAGAAAUAGUGAACGAGGUGAGGCUGAAUUGGUUCCUAUGGUUACCAAAUUGGAGGACACAAGAUACCGCACCGCUCUAAGUGACCCGGGCACCCCUAUCAAGGUGCGUCCCGAUGCAGCGAAUGCAGCUGCUGCAAAUUCAACUUCGAAGCCACCUGCUCCCUCCUACAACACCCCUACAGCGGUAAAUGCAGAACCAGCACAGAAAAUCCCCAGUGAGUUAGUUCUGCGUGUAAAGGUGCCUCAGCCAGAGCUUCAGAAGGAGCUGCAAGCUGAACCCCCACCUGUUGUUGGGAGUGCUAGUAUACCGGUAGUUCCAGAAAAUAAGAAACACAAGUACGACCAUCCACACCACAAGCACAAAGAGAAAAAGAAACAUAAACAUAAAGAAAAAGAUAAGCACAAGGAUAGGGAACAUAAGGAACACAAAGAACAUAAGAAGGAGAAAAAGCACAAAAAACGUAAGGAUCGAGAGAAAGACAAAGAAAAAGCCCGUAGCAGUGGAGAUGGUGGUAUUGGACCUAUUAAAAUAACUAUAGCUAAGGAUAAAAUUGUGAAUACACCUGAGCCAACUCUUCCUUUGCGUCCUCAUACAACCGCACCACCAGCCGCUGUUACUGUACCUACUCCCACUCCAAAUACCACUCCUGUUAUCCCAAAGUUCAAGAUUACUAAGUCUAAACUCAGCAAAAAGGACUUGUUUGGUGGCACCUCCUCCACCUCUCCAGAGAGUAGUCCUGCUGGUGACUUGACCCGUGACACUCCCACUACCUCUUUAAAGAUCAAGAUCAGCCGGGACCGCCUUCGUCCAGAUAAGGAAUCAAAGAAACGAGACAGGGACCGCAGUCCAGGUGACGUCCAUCCAGCGAAGAUCCCACGCAAUGGCAGCGAGGCAAGACCCACCCACGCAGCCCCUCAGGUACCCAUAAAGGACUUGGAUCCCAGUAGGUGGAGCUCUCAGAGGCAGUAGUACUGGCAAACAUUUGUAGACAACUGACCUGACAUGACCUAGCCUCCCUGACCCAACAUGAGCUGGUGUUAUGUUCCCUUACCUGACCUUGGCCACAAGGCAUUUGUAUUAUGGCACUUACAAUGUAGUGCCCAUUAUGUCUUUUGAGUUGUGAAGGGCUUUUAGAUUUAACCAAAUUAAAUUACAGUCAAAUUACUAUUAUUAUUAGAUAUAAUUAAGUGUGAUACAUUAAAUUUGUCAAUAGUUGUGCUAGUUUUGUGAGCCAGGAGGUGAGAGAGCGAGUGGUGUGGACCAGCUCGGGAGGGUCGGGAGUGUGGGGGUGUGCUGGUGGUGGGUGCAGGUGGUUGGAUAUGGCCUCUCACAAUACACACGUUUAGUUUAUUCUGUUGAUGUCUGCUUAGUUGGGUUUGGCUCUUAGCCAGCCUGCACUGGGAAGUCCUUGUUGCAACUCUAUGUUUACACAAUCUUUAUUUCUUUAAGCACACUUACGGGUCAAUUGGCAGGCAGUUGUGAGUUUCUUAGAUAGCUAAGCAUUCCAUGACUAGUCAAGUCAGUGUUAGCACAUCCCAGAAUUAGGGUGCCCCAGACCCUUAGCCCCAUCCAUCCUCUGCCACUCCCUCCCCACCACCUGUAACAACCAGCUUUGGUAACACCAAAACCGUCCAUGCUUGGUCAGUGUGUCAGCGUGUCAGGCUCAGUGCUCAUUUAAUUGCUAGUACACACAAGAUCCCUGAGAGCCAUGGGCUGCUGCGAACAUCAUCCCUCCUCUGUGGCUGUUUGGGAUCCUCCUCAUCACUGGAGGACGAGGCACUGCACAGGUCUUCUGGUCAUCGGCUGUGAUGCGUCACUACUACGGCCCAAUACUGCUGCUACUGCUGCGGCUGUGGUUGUGACAUCUUUAACCUCAACAUUUUUUCACUUCACAUACACUCGUUUUCCUUUCCCCACAACAUGACUUUAGAACCAGAAAGUCAUCUAUAUUUAGAAAUGUUUAAUCUUGAGCUGCUCGUUUUUGUAUCGUACAGUACUUACUACUUAUGCAUCAUAAUCAUACUCAUACUACGCAGAGCUUGUAUCAUCAGCAUGUAUGUGUUAUGUUGUGAGGGUUUUUAAUUCUGAAAAUCAUCUUCUCUGUGAGAAGAUUUGUUGGAACUCUGUUUUAUUUGUGAUGGAGUUUCCUAUAGUUUCCGUGUGUCCGUGUGACUUUUGGAAACUAACUUUGGUUCACACGCCUCAGGUACUCUCAUGGUAACACCAGCAGUCAUAUUUACCCUGCAUAACAUGAAAUAACCAUUUCUGUUUAUAUAUAUUUAUUAUUUACUAUUAAUGUUAUUCUUGUGUUGUUAGUUUGUGGACUGAAAAAAAUUAUUGAUGCAUCAGGCGAAGGAAACUGUUCAAGUUUUGCUCAAUGCUUUUUGUGAUGAAACAUGGACAAACCACAUGCAUUAGUUUUUGUAUAGCAGUUGUUGUACAAAAUGAAACAAUGUUUUUGUAAACUGA